CUAGGAGGAGCUGAAAAAAAGUCUGUAAGCAAGCAGGGCAUAAAUAAAAGCCUCUGCAGCCCAGAUGGAGAGAAGUUUUCACCUCUGAAAGGUUGCACGCUUCUUUAGCAGCCACUGUCGCGACUUCCCCUGAAUUUUUUUGAUGCAAAAUGGGUGCAGUAGACAUCAGUGAACUGCUCGGCGAUGAGCCUCUUCGGCAAAGGGAGGACACGAAGCUCACCCCCGUGCGAAAACGUAUUAUUAUAUGCUGCGAUGGCACCUGGCAGUCUGCAGUUUCGGGAAAGAAAAAUGUCCCUUCGAAUGUCACCCGCCUAUGUCGCUCUCUGAAUCCCGUCGGAACGGACAAGGAUGGUAAUCAAUGGCAGCAAGUUGUCUGGUAUGAUUCUGGAGUUGGCACCACUGCACUGGCAUUAGGCGAUGCUUUCGAAGGUGCGACCGGUGCAGGCAUGGAAACCAACAUCAUCGAAGCGUACAAUUUCGCUGUCCUCAAUUACAACCCUGGAGACAAAAUCAUGUGCUUUGGGUUCUCUCGAGGGGCUUACACCGCCAGAACCAUUGCUGGGCUCAUUUCCGACAUUGGAAUAUGUCAGAAGACCGAUCUCAACAAGUUCCCGGAUCUAUGGGCCGUCUAUAAGAAGCUGGAGCCCGGGAAACGAUUCCACCGCAGUGAGCUUUGGUUCGACUGGAUGUGGGGUAAAGCAGACGAGAAUCAGGGUGCUGGAGAUAAGGAUCACAGAGAAUUUGUAUACGAGAAAGCUCCUCAAGGUGACUGGGCACAGGAGGGGUCUCGAGAGGUGGAGGUGGUCGGCGUGUAUGAUACCGUCGGUGCUUUGGGGAUGCCGGAAGUCCUAGGAAUCAAGCUCCCAUCAAGUGAAGGAUGGCACAAUGUUGGUCUAUCUCCUAAUAUCCCAAAUGCAUUCCAAUGCCUAGCCUUAGAUGAGCGAAGGAAGGCAUUCUCACCAACUCUCUGGUAUCUCAACAAAAAGACGGCAACCAAAGAACAGGUAGAAGCUCAUAUGGAAGAUGAGAAACUGGCUGAAAAGCGCUACUGGGACGUCUUGCAGCAUGCCAAGGACCUUAAAGCUAGUGGUGGAGCCACGGACAAGGCAGUCAAUGCAGCUGCCCGAGAGGUCAAUGUGGCUGCGAGAGCCUGGAAUAAGGCUGCCAGAAAGCGAGUCAGAUAUCAAAAUCGACUGGAGCAGCACCCAGUUUUGAGACAAGUUUGGAUUCCUGGUUUCCACAUCAACAUCGGCGGAGGGUCGAACGACACUCUCAAAGACGAAGGUGAUAUGGAAAACAUGUCGAACAUCGCAUUUGCUUGGAUGCUUGAUCAAAUCAAGGAUCAUGUCUCAGUCAAUGAGCAAGUGGUCAGCGAUGAACAAAAUGACCGUGAACGGCACAUCGAGGAGUUGAACUUGCAGCGUAGGAAGACAGAUCUCAAGCUCACAUCUCCAAAACCUAAGCCCCAGUCCUUAGUGAAGCGGACAGUCUCAUUUGCCAAAACUGCAGUGGCCACAAUCAGUCUUCCAUUCAAAGCGAUUCAACAGGCAACCGAAGAAAAGGCCCGAGAAAUUGGCUGGGGUACGGGCAUCUUGGAAGACAGCUUCACCCUGGCCUACUGGUUAAACGGACAAAAAAGACGCACGCCAGGCGAAUAUGCCAAAGACAACGGGAACUCCAUAGGCGAGACCUGUGAAUACAUCCACCCAGUUGUCAAUUUCCGAGUGAACUGGUUCAAGGAACAGAACGAAAAGGACUCUUCACAUCCUAUCUACAAACCCAUCCAUCCAAAGCUCAAGUACGAACGUCGGAAAGUGGUGGGCAAGGAUGGGAAGCCUUUCUUCGAAUAUGAAAUUGGCGGUUGUCUCAAGCCGUUGCCUGAAUGGAAGCUGGGAGGUUUGGACUCCUACGAAAGGCUAGCGAUUGCGGGCAAAGCUGCCUAUGAUUACGUUGAUAAGCUGGAUGAAGAGUUGGAAACCGGCAUUCGGACAAUUCGUCGUUCAGCGAUCUCUUCCAAGAAGCCUCCAGUCGAAAGUGCCCUGGCUACUGUUUCGGACUUUGAUCUGAAAAAGACAGCCAACAAGGAUUCCACUCCUUCAGUUGGUGUAUCCACAGCCGAUGAGACUGUCACUGGAACGUAUUGUCGCGAUACAGAUUCGAAGCUUUGACUAAAACCUGUUGCCGUGGGUUCCUGAGGACCAGAAUUUUUUAUUUCGAGGAAUUCCAGUCGAGAUUGCCUUAGCGUCAUGGUUGUGUAUAAUAAUU